AUGGCCUCGGAGCAGGGCGGUGGGGGAGAUGCAGCCUACUCAAAGCUGGCCAAACCUCUCCACCUACAGUUCCUGGAACGCUCAUUAAAGCUAGAUGCCUUCCUCCGCCAAACAGCCAACAUCUUUAACCAAGACGUGUCAAGUGAUGACAGUGAUGACGCUUUGGGUGAGGGUCCCUCCUUGGCCCCCUCCAACCCUCACGCCCCUCUACUGGCAGUGAAAGAAGAGCCCUUGGACCCUGGGGAGGGGCCAAAGGGACAGUGCGGUGGUGGACUGACAGAAUGCGGAGCACUCAACGGAGCUCUGCUACAAGAACACAAAGCAGACAAAGCAAGUCUAUACAAUUUCUCCAAACUGAAGAAGAGUCGGAAAUGGCUCAAGGGAAUUCUGCUUAGUGAUGACACAACAGAUUCUGACUCAGACUCCGAUGACUCAGACUUCUCUCUGUCUCGUGAGGAGCUGCACGACAUGUUGCGACUGCAUAAGUUCAUUAAACUCCACCAGAGCAGGUUCCACGCUGACCGUGAGCUCCAGCAGUAUCAGUAUUACAGUACUGGCCUCCUGUCCACUCACGACCCUUUCUAUGAGCAGCAGCGCCACCUUCUGGGGCCUAAGAAGAAGAAAAUUAAGGAGGAGAAGAAAUUCAAGGCCAAAUUGAAAAAGAUGAAAAAGAAGAAGAAACGUGGGGAGGAUUUCUCUGCGGAGGGACGGCCGUACGUCACCAAAAUCUUUGCCAAGUUCUCCCACGAUGCACCUCUGCCCAUGACAAAAAAGAAGCACUUAACCAUCGAGCAGCUGAACGCUCGUAGGCGAAAGGUUUGGCUCACGAUUGCCAAAAAAGAAAACCCCAAGGCCUUUAAACAAAAAGCCUCUGCAAAGAACUUUGUCUUAACCAAUGCCAAAAAGUUGGCACACCAGUGUAUGCGUGAGGUGCGGCGUGCUGCCAUCCAGGCUCAGAAGAACUGUAAGGAAACCCUGCCGCGAGCACGUCGACUCACCAAAGAGAUGUUACUGUACUGGAAGAAGUAUGAAAAAGUGGAGAAGGAGCAUCGAAAACGUGCAGAGAAAGAGGCUUUGGAGCAGCGCAAGCUGGAUGAGGAGAUGAGAGAGGCCAAGAGGCAGCAGAGGAAGCUGAACUUCCUCAUCACGCAGACCGAGCUGUAUGCCCACUUCAUGGGGGGGAAACAGAAGGCAGCAGGGGGCGACUGUGCUCAGGAGGAGAUCCUACGCAAACUGGAAGACAACACGGCCCAGCGGCAGAUUGACAUCGGCGGAGGAGUCAUGGUUAACGUAGGCCAGGAAGACUAUGACAGUGAGUACUACAAGGCUCAGGCUCUGAGGAAUGCUAAAGAGGCCUAUCAGAUCCACCAAGCUCGAACCAGGCUGUUUGAUGAGGAAGCUAAGGACAGCCGCAGUGCCUCCCUGCACGUGGCCAGCGCCUCGGGCUCAGGCUUCGGCGAAAGCUACAGCCUGUCCAAUCCGUCCAUCCAGGCCGGGGAAGACAUCCCCCAGCCCACCAUCUUCAACGGCAAACUCAAGGGAUACCAGCUGAAAGGCAUGAACUGGCUGGCCAACCUGUACGAGCAGGGCAUUAAUGGGAUUCUGGCAGAUGAGAUGGGACUGGGGAAGACAGUCCAGAGCAUUGCCCUGCUGGCUCACCUGGCUGAGAGGGACAACAUCUGGGGUCCUUUUUUGAUCAUCUCACCAGCCUCCACGCUCAACAACUGGCACCAGGAGUUCACUCGCUUUGUCCCCAAAUUCAAGGUGUUGCCAUACUGGGGGAACCCUCAUGACAGGAAGGUCAUCAGGAAGUUCUGGAGUCAGAAAACCCUGUACACCCAGAACGCACCCUUCCAUGUGGUCAUUACCAGCUACCAGCUGGUGGUGCAGGAUGUGAAGUACUUCCAGAGAGUGAAGUGGCAGUACAUGGUCUUGGAUGAGGCCCAGGCUCUGAAGAGUAGCAGCAGUGUGAGAUGGAAGAUCCUCCUUCAGUUUCAGUGUAGAAACAGGCUGCUGCUAACAGGGACACCCAUCCAGAACACCAUGGCUGAGCUCUGGGCUCUUCUGCACUUCAUCAUGCCCACUCUGUUUGACUCUCAUGAGGAGUUCAAUGAGUGGUUCUCCAAAGACAUUGAGAGUCAUGCUGAGAACAAGUCUGCUAUUGACGAGAACCAGCUCUCCAGAUUGCACAUGAUUCUUAAGCCUUUCAUGCUGCGCAGGAUCAAGAAGGAUGUGGAAAACGAGCUCUCUGACAAGAUUGAGAUCCUGACCUACUGUCAGCUGACGAGCAGACAGAGGCUUCUGUACCAGGCUCUGAAGAAUAAGAUCUCCAUAGAAGACCUGCUGCAGUCGUCCAUGGGAACCGCCCAGCAGGCCCACAGCACCACCAGCAGCCUCAUGAACCUCGUCAUGCAGUUCCGUAAGGUGUGUAACCAUCCAGACCUCUUUGAGAGACAGGAGACGCGGUCCCCCUUUCACAUGUCUCUGAGGCCCUUCAUCAUGUCCAAGUUCCUCUUCCGCCAAGGCCUCCUGUGCUCCUCCAGCCAGUGGAGAACAAAACUGUUGCAGGUCCUCCUCUCUCCGUUCUCACCCCACCAUAUUCAGCAGUCUUUAUUCCACAGGAAAAGUGAUAAUGAAGGCAGCUGCUUCUCCUUCCUGCGUUUCAUUGAUGUGUCGCCCGCGGAGAUGUCUAACAUCAUGCUUCAGGGCACUCUAGUCAGGUGGUUAGCUCUAUUCCUGUCUCUUAAAUCUGCCUACCGGCUCCAUCACCGACGCCUGUGGGCAGUGGAGGGUGAGGAUGAGGAGCAUGAGGGAGAGAAGAAGACUGGGGGGAAUUUGAGACCCAACUCACAGUUUCUCUCUGACAGAGACUUCCUUUUGUGGAUGAACAGACCCACGUCCUUCCCCAACACUCGAGACAGCCCCGUCUUCCAGGACUUGGUCUUUACGGCUUAUCGGCCAGGGCUGAUCGGUCACAAGGAUGUGCUGAUUCACCGGAGGCGAUGUUCCUCCUCCACCCGCAGGCCCUGUCAGCCUAUUGAACCGCCCAAGUUUCUGCUGACUGCUGUUCCCAGGGUAACGGCGGUUCCCAUAGAGCAUUACUGUGCAGACCGCAGUGCAGAGUAUGAAUGGCGGGUGUCCCGUGAAGGGGGCAGUCUGGCCGCCAAGCAGUGCUUCCUGUACGGCUCACCAGAGCUGGCCUGUGCCUGGGCCGCCCGCUCCCAGGCCUUUCAUCCACAGUGGCCCGGGGGCGUCAUGGCGCUCUACCCUAGACACGACUGGUCCUUCAUCCGGAUACCAGAUAAGGAGACCCUAAUCACAGACAGUGGGAAGCUGCACACUCUGGACCUGCUGCUGACCCGGCUCAAGUCUCAGGGCCACCGGGUCCUCAUCUAUUCCCAGAUGACCCGAAUGAUUGACCUCCUGGAGGAGUACAUGGUUUACCGCAAGCACACUUACAUGAGGCUGGAUGGUUCGUCCAAAAUCUCAGAGCGCCGUGACAUGGUGGCUGACUUCCAGAGCCGGACUGAUAUUUUUGUCUUCCUGCUGAGUACGAGGGCUGGAGGCCUGGGGAUUAAUCUAACUGCUGCAGACACGGUGAUUUUCUAUGACAGUGACUGGAACCCCACAGUGGACCAGCAGGCUAUGGACCGGGCUCACCGGCUGGGCCAGACUAAACAGGUCACAGUCUACAGGCUCAUCUGCAAGGGCACCAUUGAGGAGAGAAUCCUACAGAGAGCCAAGGAGAAGAGUGAGAUCCAGAGGAUGGUGAUAUCAGGGGGAAACUUCAAACCUGACACACUGAAACCCAAAGAGGUGGUCAGCCUGCUUCUGGAUGAUGAGGAACUGGAAAAGAAGCUGCGUCUACGGCAAGAGGAGAAAAGGCAGCAGGAGGAGAGCAGCAAGGUGAAAGACCGGAAGAGAAAGAGGGAGAAGUAUGCUGAGAAGAGGAAAAAGGAGGAUGAUUUGGAUGCCAAGAAGAGGAAAGAGGGUGUAAAUCUGGUCAUCCCAUACGCACCCUCUGCAGACAACUCCAACCUCUCAGCAGAUGGAGAUGACUCCUUUAUCAGUGUGGACAUGGACUCGGCCAUGCCCAGCCCUUUCAGCGAGAUCUCCCUGAGCAGCGAGCUGCAGCCGGGCUCCAUCCCGCCGGACGAGAGCAGUAACGACAUGCUGGUCAUCGUGGACGAGCCCGUGUCGUCAGCGCCCCAGUCCCGCGCCACCAACUCUCCAGCCUCCGUCACCGGCUCCGUGUCCGAUAACAUGAACGGUGUAUCGGUGCAGGAUGUGUCCAGCCCAGGCAGGGGGCGAUCCGGCCGGAGCCGCGGUCGCCCCAGAGGCUCUGGAGGCACAGGCAAAUCUGGCAAGAAAGGCCGGGGUCGAAAAUCAACAGCUGGGAGCGCGGCUGCCAUGGCAGGAGCUAUGGCAGGGGCGGCGGCGGCCUCAGCGGCAGCGUAUGCUGCUUACGGCUAUAGUGUGUCCAAAGGUCUCCCUACGUCUGGCACCCUGCAGCCCACCCUCGCCCGCUCAACACCCACCCCCUCUUUUAAUCCCAGCAGUACCUCCUCCCCCCAGGCUAAAGGGAGCACCGUUCACCCCAGUUCGCAGACGCUCGCUUUCGGUACCUCCCAUGUGCAUCACCCCCCCAGCAGGAGAGGAAAAGCACCCAGCGGGCAUGGGGGGCGGUAG